GGCGCGGCCGUCCAUGCGAGCGGCGCCCCGCGGUCCGCGGCGCGCCCGGAGCCCGGAGCCCGCGGGGACGAGGCCAAAGUUGGGCGCGCCGCGGAGUUGCGCCCGCGCCCGGGGCCCCGCGUCCCCGCGCCCCGCGAACUCCGGCGGCGGCUGAGGCGACGGCUGCGGCGGCCCGAGCAGCAUGCCGAGGAGGAAGCAGCAGGCCCCCCGGCGCUCGGCAGCUUAUGUUCCGGAGGAAGAACUGAAGGCAGCAGAGAUAGAUGAGGAGCGUGUGGAUGAGGAUGGGCUGUCCCUGGACAUUCAGGAAAGCGAGUACGUGUGCAAUGAAGAAACUGAGAUCAAAGAGGCCCACAGCUACCAGAACUCCCCCGUCAGCACUGCAACGAACCAGGAUGCCGGCUACGGGUCGCCUUUCAGUGAGAACAGUGACCAGCUAGUCCAUUUCAAAAGCUCCUCCUCCAGAGAAGACAAAGAGGACCCUCAGGGUCCAGACAGCGUCUCCUACCCCCAGGACAGCUUGGCCCAGAUCAAGGCUGUGUAUGCAAACCUGUUCUCAGAGUCCUGCUGGUCCAGCUUAGCUUUGGAUCUAAAGAAGUCCAGUUCGACCACCAGCAACAACGAUGUCGGCCAGAAAGAGAGCUCCACCCCCACCCCCACGCCCCCCAGCAGUAGUGCGGGGACCACGGCCACCACCGCCACCACCACCAGCACGCCCAGCUCCGGGUCCGGGUCCAGCGGCAGCUCGGGCUAUGACUGGCAUCAGGCCGCCCUGGCGAAGACGCUGCAGCAGACGUCGUCCUACGGGCUGCUCCCGGAGCCCAGUCUCUUUAGCACCGUGCAGCUCUACAGGCAGAACAACAAGCUGUAUGGCUCGGUGUUCACCGGCGCCAGCAAGUUCCGGUGCAAAGACUGCAGUGCUGCCUAUGACACCCUGGUGGAGCUGACGGUGCACAUGAAUGAGACGGGGCACUACCGUGAUGACAACAGAGAUAAGGACUCCGAGAAGACUAAGCGGUGGUCCAAGCCCCGGAAGCGCUCCCUGAUGGAGAUGGAAGGCAAGGAGGACGCCCAGAAAGUGCUCAAGUGCAUGUACUGCGGCCACUCCUUUGAGUCUUUGCAAGACCUGAGCGUCCACAUGAUCAAGACAAAGCAUUACCAGAAAGUGCCUCUGAAGGAGCCGGUACCAGCCAUCACCAAACUGGUCCCUUCUACCAAAAAGCGAGCACUUCAGGAGCUGGCGUCCCCUUGUUCUCCCGAGCCAGCAGGAAUUGCUGCAGAAGCUGUGCUGAGCGAGUCAGCCAAGGAUCAGAAGACCGCCAACCCCUACGUGACGCCCAACAACCGCUACGGCUACCAGAACGGUGCCAGUUACACCUGGCAGUUUGAGGCCCGCAAAGCACAGAUCCUCAAGUGCAUGGAGUGCGGCAGCUCCCACGACACCUUGCAGCAGCUCACGGCCCACAUGAUGGUCACCGGCCACUUCCUGAAAGUGACCACCUCUGCCUCCAAGAAAGGGAAGCAGCUGGUGCUGGACCCCGUGGUGGAAGAGAAGAUUCAGUCCAUACCUUUGCCGCCCACCACGCACACCCGGCUCCCCGCCUCCCACAUCAAAAAGCAGCCUGAGUCCCCGGCGGGCCCCGCCACCGCCGAAGAGAAGAAGGAGCCGGACAAGGAGAAGGUGCCGGGGGCCGGGGAAGUGGAGAGGAAGAUCAAGGAGGAGGCCGAGGACGCCCCAGAGAAGGUCGAGACCCCCGCCCUCUAUCAGUACCUCCGGGAGGAGGACCUGGACGACAGCCCCAGAGGCGGGGUGGACAUCCUGAAGUCGCUGGAGAACACCGUGUCCACGGCCAUCAGCAAGGCCCAGAACGGCGCCCCCUCCUGGGGCGGCUACCCCAGCAUCCACGCCGCUUACCAGCUGCCCGGCGCCGCGAAGCCGCCGCCCGCCGUGCAGAGCGUGCAGAUGCAAGCCUCCUUCGCCGGCGGGAAGCCGCUGCCCGCCGAGCACAGCGCACUCCUGCCCUCCCCGGGCAGCCUCACGCCGCCGCCGCUCAGGAGCAACGUGUCGGCCAUGGAGGAGCUGGUGGAGAAGGUCACGGGCAAGGUCAGCGUGAAGGAGGAGCGGCCUGCGGAGAAGGAGAGGGGCUCCCCGGCCAAGGCCGUGUCCCCCGUGGCCAAGGAGAACAAAGACUUCCCGCGAGCGGAGGACGCGGGCGGCAAAGCCCCGCAGAGGAGGGGCCCCGAGGCAGAGGCGGGCAAGGCCAGAAGGGAGGGCGUGACGGACGCGCGCGCCCCCAACGGCCCCGAGCCGCUCAAAGCCAAAGUCGCCAACGGCUGCGGGAGCCUGGGGAUCAUCACGGACCACGCGCCGGAGCCGCCCUUCAUCAACCCGCUGAGCGCCCUGCAGUCCAUCAUGAACGCGCACCUGGGCAAGGUGUCCAAGCCCGUGAGCCCCGCGCUGGACCCGCUGGCCAUGCUGUACAAGGUGAGCAACAGCGUGCUGGACAAGCCCGUGUACCCCGCCGCCCCCGCCGCGCGCGCUGGCGCCAUCGAGCGCUACUACUACGAGAACAGCGACCAGCCCAUCGACCUGACCAAGGCCAAAAGCAAGCCCCUGGGGUGCGGCGCGGCUGACUCGGGCUCGCCGCCGCUCCGGGAGAGCGCCCUCAUGGACAUCUCGGACAUGGUGAAGAACCUCACGGGCCGCCUGACGCCCAAGUCCUCCACGCCCUCCACGGUGUCGGAGAAGUCCGACGCCGACGGCAGCAGCUUCGAGGAGGCGCUGGACGAGCUGUCGCCCGUUCACAAGAGGAAAGGGCGGCAGUCCAACUGGAACCCCCAGCACCUGCUCAUCCUGCAGGCCCAGUUCGCCUCCAGCCUGCGGGAGACCCCGGAGGGGAAGUACAUCAUGUCGGACCUGGGCCCGCAGGAGCGCGUGCACAUCUCCAAGUUCACGGGGCUCUCCAUGACCACCAUCAGCCACUGGCUGGCCAACGUGAAGUACCAGCUGAGGAGGACAGGGGGGACGAAAUUCCUCAAAAACCUGGACACAGGGCAUCCUGUUUUCUUUUGCAACGAUUGUGCCUCUCAGUUCAGAACUGCUUCCACGUACAUAAGUCAUCUAGAGACACACCUAGGCUUCAGCCUGAAGGAUCUUUCCAAGCUGCCACUAAAUCAGAUUCAGGAACAGCAGAAUGUUUCAAAAGUCCUGGCGAGCAAAGCUUUGGGCCCAGUGGCGGCUGCUGAGGACGACCUGGGCUCCACGUUCCAGUGUAAGCUCUGUAACCGGACUUUCGCGAGCAAACACGCAGUCAAACUGCACCUCAGUAAGACCCACGGCAAGUCCCCAGAGGACCACCUGAUCUAUGUGACAGAGCUGGAAAAACAGUAGCGCCCAGGUAUGCAAGGGACCGCGGCACAUUGCACUAGCCCUCUUCGUACUGCACUAGGCCUGGCCUGAGCCUCCGAAAUCAGCCUCUCCUUUGUUGCCGAACUGCCUGUCUGGACCUUGGUUUUUCUUACACAUAUUUUGUAGUUAUAUUUAUAUGCUCUUUGUCUGAUUGUGCAUGUUAUUUUUCUUUUUCCGUGAGUCAAAGUCUGACCUUUAUUUUCAACAUCUGUUCUUGAUGUUAAGCUAUCUUUUGUAGGAAAUAGUGGGGCACACUACUCAGAGACAUUUAUUUAGCAGGAAAGAAAGACACAAAUAACAAUGACAACAAGACAUCCUAAAAUUACAAAGUUGCCAUGACAAUAAAGGUCAUAGAACCUAGUAGUGUCAAAUUUAACCCUUUGAGGACUGUAAUUGCAUUUCUGUGCCUUUCACUCAAAAAAAAAAGAAAAAAAAGGCUUAAGGCAUUUCAUUCAGAUCAAAAGCUGUGUCAGACACAAAACUUAUUUAAUAAUUAAAAAAUGAGCUUUUAUAUGCAGAACUGGUUUGUGAAGGAAACAUGCAUGCAGCUGUUGGAAGAUAGAAGGUUGUCUAGGACCCGUGGGACGAGGAAGUCACACUUUACACAUUUAAAACAAACAAAAACCAACAACAAAUACCCCAGUUGCCACUAUGCCCAAACCCUCUGGAUGCUGAAAAAUGCCACUUUUGGCAAAAAAAAA